AUGGGAAGCAGGAGUCAUUGUCCACGUGAUAAGCAUGGAAGGAAGAAGGUUGCCUGGACUGCUUUUGAAGACCAGAUUGUGAAAGACUACGUCAAAAACCACGGUGCAGGCAAAUGGGACAAGCUAUCUAAGGAAACUGGUCUGAAGAGAUCCGGAAACAGUGUUAGACUUAGAUGGUUGAAUUAUCUGAGGCCUGAUAUCAACACAAGUAGUAUUACAGAAUACGAAGAAGAUCUUCUCAUCAGGCUCCAUAAACUCUUGGGCAACAGAUGGUCAUUGAUAGCCAGAAGGAUACCAGGCAGAACUGAAAAUCAAGUUAAAAACUACUGGAAUUCUACCUUGAAGAAGAAGCUGUCACAAAAAAAUUUAUGCGAAGAGCUUUGUAAUUGGACUUUGGAGGACUCGUCAUCCCCCGUUCCUACCACCGACCAGGACGACCCACAUUGGACAAAAAAAAAUGUUUAUGAAGAAGGUCAAGCAUGUCAAGGGUAG